AUGUGUCCUGACGUGGUUGGGAGUGACGAGCUACCCUCGAUUCUCGCGUUCCUACUCACCCUAGCACCUGAACAAGACGCGUUUUGGAUAUUCUGCUGCGUGAUGGACUCGUCGUUACGCGGGUACUUUACGGCAGACGAGCAGGCGCUAGAGAUUGAUGGUGAACUGUUCGCACGGGCGCUGGGCAAGGCAGAUGGUCAACUUGCGCAUCAUCUCCUCACGAAGCUGGGGAUACCCGCUGGGAAGCUCAUACGCGAGGCUGGAGUGAGGAAGGGGUUCGUCGGUGUCAUCCGUGACUCUGACGGCGAUGAAGAGGAGCUUCGGCGAGUAUGGGACGCGUGGGUAUGUGAUGGCCUGCCGACGGUGAUAAAAACUCUCUUGACGAUUGUGACCCUCCUUGGAGCAAAAUUGAUGAGCUGUAAGACCGAUAGCGAGGCAAAAGACCUUCUCAGACGGGGCGUGUGUGUUGGGAGAGGUGAAAUUGAACGGAUCGGACGGGAGCGGGGGUGGAAGGUCCCAGAGGAUGAGGUAUGCGGGUCUAUCAUCUUGUCCUUUUGGUUUCAGACUCUAACGUGGCGUCACGGCUACAGAUCCGUCGAGAACGUGCACGGAUGA